UUAAUGGGAAGGGGCUAAGGUAGUGCCUGCAUCUUAACGCAAAGAGCAUUUUUGACUGCGCCUCUCUCUCAGACAGACUCACACAAGCUCGCUCACAGUGCUGGACUGAAAAACCCUCUCAGGCUCCGGCCACCGGAGAAGAUGCUUCACCGCUACUCUCUGUGAGAUUAUUACCCAAGACUGACUGAACGGAGUGGCGGCUCUGCAGCUGAUGGGCUGCUGCUGCUGCUCAUUCCAUCUUUAUCUCUAUUUUAAUUGGGACGCUGGGGAGAAAUAAAUAGCUCAGCGCACGCUGUUGGGAGGCAAAUGAAUGGAACAGACUGACAGGGGAUUUCCCCAGGCUGCCUUCACACCCAUGGACAUGGACACAAGUUUUGUACUGGCCAAAUUGUAUUUGGCAGAAUAAUGUUUCUUAUUAUUUUGUAAAUUAGUUUUUACAACAAGAUCGUCACUUCAGAGCUUGCAGACAGACCUUUUUUUUGUUGUUAUUGUUGUGGAUUUUCACUGCAAACAUUCACACCAUAUCUUAGGCUCAAGGAUGUGCUCUAUAGUCAUGCUUCAUCAGUGGAGUCUGGCUGUGUUCUUGCUGUGCACCCCAGUGACUCUUGAUGGGAGACCAGUUGAUGCACUUAGUAGCAGAAUGAGGAGAUCAGUGAGCCAUGCCCAGCUGAUGCAUGACAAGGGCCGCUCCUUGCAGGAGUACAAGCGUCGCAUGUGGCUGCGCGAGCUGCUCGGGGAGGUGCACACGGCCGAUGAACGAACUCCACCUGUGCAGAGCAGAACGCAGAGCCAAACCUUCAGUGGGAAUGCCCUGCAUGAGAAGCCCCCGGGGGCUACCAAGAACCUCCCUGACAGGUUCAGACUGGACAGAGAGGGCCCUAACCUGCCCCAGGAGACCAACAAGGCUCUAGCUUAUAAGGACCAGCCACUAAAAGUGGCAACCAAGAGGAAAAAAAAAGUGAGGUUAGGCAGACGUAGAGAGAGCGACAAGAAGCGGAGGCGGGCACGGUCUGUCACAACUAAAGAGCCAUGAAGGACGCAGUACCUCAGCUUAGAGACUCCCAGUAGACUUUAUAUGGUACUGCACUAAGACACUGACAUCGACUGGGAUCUGAGAGACUCAACCCAUUGCUGACUCAGUUCAUAUCACGGCUCCGGGGUUGUGCUUGUAUGAUAAUAUUUUUCUAUGUUUGUAUUUUUCAAUUUCGUACUUCCUGAAAUUUCGUGAACUAUCAUCAUAACAUCUUCUUAGGUCCAUAUUUAUUUGGAAACUCUGUAGGCCUCUGUACCCCUGAUUUACAUUUAAAGAAACGUCAUAUGUUGUCAUCUCUAACAGGCUGUUAGAUCACAGGAGGAACUAUUUAUUGCCUGAAUAUAAUGUAACUUCAUCAAACUUGGAGGCUGGAGUGGUUUUACGCUUGUUUGGCUGUAUAUGUGUUGACUUGUCAUGGACUUACAGUUACAUGCAAACUGUUCACUGAGUACAUCUGUUGGAACUGUUCUGCCAUAAUUUAUUUCACUUUGAAAGUGUGUAUUUAUUUUGUGAAUGUAUCACGGUGCUGCUGACUAAAUUCCAUAAUGCACUUUAGUUACAUCCUGUACAUGUUCUUUUGUGGUUGAGUUUUAAUUUGAUGUUUUCUUUUUGAUGGUCCUGCUUUCCUUUUUUUCCACCUUAGAUCCCUCAUUGACUUGUAACUUAUUGGAUGCUUCAUCAAACCCACUCUCACCGUUUUACAUUAUAGUUUAUUUUUAUAGAACAAAGCCCGGGACACGGGGCUUCUCAUUUAAUGUUCUUCACUUGCACUGUAACAUGUUUUCAGUUAAUCAAACAUUAAAAG